AGGCUACAGUGACAGUUCACGUGUAUGGCAGAGCACAAGCAGACGCGACGCGUUUGACGCUUUACAAGCAGGAGUUCUCGAUUAUUUAGCAAAACUGUCAUUUUUACGGCUACAAGUGUAGUGAAUUUAGCUUGGUGGAUGAACAGAAAUAUGAGAUUUUAGCAAGGCUUUAUAUGCUUUGGUCAGCAUACACUGAUACAGCUUCUCAGAAAUAUCUUCUAACAAAUCUGAAGUUCAGAAGCUGUGAUAUUUAUAAUGCAAACACGCGAGUUUCUCGUUUCUGCACCAGGGAAAGUAAUUCUCCACGGGGAGCAUUCUGUCGUGCAUGGAAAGGUUGCCUUGGCUGUGAGUUUGAACCUGCGCACGUUCCUGCGGCUGCAGUCCACAUCAUCCGGUGAAGUGCACAUCAACCUCCCCAAUAUUGACACUUUUCUGUCCUGGGAAAUAACUGCACUGCAGCCUCUUCUGGCAGGGUGUAAAGCAGAGCAGGGUGGCCUGAAGGAACUUGAUGCAGAUCUUUUGAAGAGACUGCGUGAAUUCACAGGGAUUUCAGAGGAUUCCACAGACACAAGAAGCAUGGCAGUGUUGGCCUUCCUCUACAUGUACCUGUCUGUUUUUGCAGAGUCUCUGGCCAGUGUCACGGUGUCUGUGUGGUCAGAGUUGCCCACAGGAGCUGGUUUAGGCUCCAGUGCUGCCUAUAACGUUUGCCUGUCUGCCGCUCUGCUGUCUGCUAGAGGAACCAUAUCAUAUCCUCUUACACCACAGCAGGAGUCAGCCAGGUGGAGUAAAGAGGAGAUGGAGCUGAUUAACAGGUGGGCGUUCAUGGGCGAGAAGAUCAUCCACGGUAACCCUUCAGGGGUGGACAAUGCUGUGGGCACUUGGGGUGGCUUUUUAAAAUACCAUGCUGGGAAUAUAACUCCACUAAGCUGGGUCCCAAUUCUGAGAAUCCUUCUCACUAACACCAAAGUACCACGUAGCACCAAAGUGCUUGUUUCUGGAGUGAAGGACAAAAUUAACAAGCUUCCCUCCGUAAUGAAGCCGGUUCUGGAGUCCGUCAGCGCUGUGUCCUGCACCUGUGAACAGACUCUCACAGAGAUGGCUGCGCACGGACCUUCAGCUGAGCACUACAACAUACUGGAGGAGCUGAUUGAUAUAAACCAGCACCAUCUGAACGUGAUGGGUGUGGGUCACUCGUCUCUGGACACACUGUGUAGGGUCACUCUGGCCAGAGGCCUGCAUAGCAAACUGACAGGGGCAGGAGGAGGAGGCUGUGGAAUCACUCUCCUACGACCAGAAACAGAUACUUCAGUGAUUCAGAGCACUGUUGAGGAGCUGAAGGCCUGUGGCUUUGACUGCUGGGAGACCAGCAUCGGAGCUCCUGGAGUCCAGCAGCACUCUUCAGCUGCACUCAGUCAGGACAUACUGAAGAUCCUCAACAGCUACUGAAACAUUAAGAAAGCACACUGUACUACUGGAUGCAUCAUUGUUGCCUUUAGCACAGAUGCUCAUUGCCGCUGUUACUCUGGAUCCUGGUUUGACAAAUGUAAUUCAUAAUCACACUGCAGUUUUUUUUAUAUAUAAUUGGAAAAUGCUCUAAAACACAACCUUAUCAUCUGCUGAAUUAUUUUUUUUAAAAUUGUGUUUGUAUUAUUACUUUCAGAGUGCAUGCAUUCUAAAGUUUUAUAUGCCACAAGGUGGCAGCAAAGUGUAAAACAGAUUUAAUACUGUAAAUUUUAGACCUUAUGUAUGGAAUGCAAAUAAUAGAUAAUUUAAUUAAACAUGAUACUAAAUUAAUUUAAAAAUGGCAAUUAAUAAAUUUCAGCCUUUUUCACGAAAAGCUGUUGUGCACAACAUUAUUUUUUUCUGGCCUGUCUGUGUAUUCCCAGAAAAUGUAGUAUGAUCAUCUCAUUUGCCAAAAUGUUUCUCAACAUGGAUCACAUUUCUGACCAGAACUAGCACAGCUUGGAGCAUUUUGGACUGAGUACAGCCGUUGUAUUAUUGUCACUAAACCCAAAGUAAUUACUUUUCA